AUGCUUGCUGCCAAGAAUAUUUUGAGAAAAUCAGCGAUUGCCACUCCGGUGCGUGUGGCAAGCCGUUUCCAAUCUACCAGUAAGGUGCAAGGGUCUGUCAUUGGUAUUGAUUUGGGUACCACGAAUUCUGCGGUUGCUGUUAUGGAGGGUAAGAUUCCAAAGAUCAUUGAAAACGCUGAAGGUGCCAGAACUACGCCAUCUGUUGUGGCUUUCACGAAGGAUGGUGAAAGAUUGGUCGGUAUCCCUGCCAAGCGUCAAGCAGUCGUCAACCCAGAGAACACUCUUUUCGCUACUAAGCGUCUGAUCGGUCGUCGUUUUGAAGACGCUGAAGUGCAGAGAGACAUCAAGCAGGUCCCAUAUAAGAUUGUCAAGCACUCUAACGGCGACGCAUGGGUCGAGGCUAGAGGUCAGACUUACUCUCCAGCUCAGAUCGGUGGUUUUGUGUUGAACAAGAUGAAGGAGACAGCUGAAGCGUACUUGGGUAAGCCAGCUAAAAACGCUGUGGUCACCGUUCCAGCUUACUUUAACGACUCUCAGAGACAAGCCACCAAGGAUGCUGGUCAAAUCGUGGGCUUGAAUGUGUUGCGUGUUGUUAACGAACCUACUGCUGCAGCAUUGGCUUACGGUUUGGAAAAGUCUGACUCCAAGGUCGUUGCAGUGUUUGAUUUGGGUGGUGGUACUUUUGAUAUCUCCAUUCUAGACAUUGACAACGGUGUCUUUGAAGUCAAGUCCACCAAUGGUGAUACCCAUCUAGGUGGUGAAGACUUCGAUAUCUACCUAUUGAGAGAAAUCGUUUCUCGUUUCAAGUCUGAAUCUGGUAUCGACCUAACAAACGACCGUAUGGCUAUUCAAAGAAUCAGAGAAGCCGCAGAAAAGGCAAAGAUUGAAUUAUCUUCCACCGUCUCCACCGAGAUUAACUUGCCAUUUAUCACAGCCGAUGCUUCUGGUCCAAAGCAUAUCAACAUGAAAUUCAGCAGAGCUCAGUUCGAAACUUUGACUGAACCAUUGAUUAAGAGAACUGUUGAUCCAGUUAAGAAGGCUUUGAAAGACGCUAAUUUGAGCACCUCUGACGUUUCUGACGUUCUAUUGGUCGGUGGUAUGUCUAGAAUGCCAAAGGUUGUCGAGACUGUCAAGCAAUUGUUCGGUAAGGAGCCUUCCAAGGCUGUUAACCCAGAUGAAGCUGUCGCCAUUGGUGCUGCUAUCCAAGGUGCUGUCCUUGCAGGUGAAGUCACUGACGUCUUGUUGCUGGAUGUUACCCCAUUGUCUCUAGGUAUCGAGACCUUGGGUGGUGUGUUCACCAGAUUGAUCCCAAGAAACACAACGAUCCCAACCAAGAAGUCUCAAAUCUUCUCUACCGCAGCCGCUGGUCAAACCUCUGUCGAGAUCAGAGUGUUCCAAGGUGAAAGAGAAUUGGUCAGAGACAACAAGUUGAUCGGUAACUUCACUUUGUCCGGUAUCCCACCAGCACCAAAGGGUGUUCCACAAAUCGAAGUGACUUUCGAUCUUGACGCUGACGGAAUCAUCAACGUCUCCGCCAGAGACAAGGCUUCCAACAAGGACGCUUCCAUCACUGUUGCCGGUUCUUCCGGUUUGUCCGAGGCCGAAAUCGAACAAAUGGUCAACGACGCCGAGAAGUACAAGAGCCAAGAUGAAGCCAGAAGACAAUCUAUCGAGACCGCCAACAAGGCAGACCAAUUGGCUAACGACACCGAAAGCUCUCUAAAGGAGUUCGAAGGCAAGAUCGACAAGGCUGAGGCUCAAAAGGUUCAAGACAUGAUCACCUCUUUGAGAGAAACCGUUGCCAGGGUACAAGCUGGUGAGGAGGUCAGCGCCGACGACUUGAAGACCAAGACCGAUGAAUUGCAAAACUCUUCCAUGAAAUUGUUCGAACAAAUGUACAAGAACGAUUCCAGCAACAACACUCAGUCCGGUGAACCAAAGCAAUGA